AUGUCGGCCAUUUUUAUGCCUCUGCACCUUGUAGAGUCCGUUCCCCGAUUUUUAAUUGAGGCUGUUCUGGGGGCAAGAUAUGAAUGGAAUAGGUUCCAUUUGGAGCACAACCCUGGUACUGCUCUGGACUCAUUUCAGUUAUACCCUGUUCCCCACAUGGUCAAUCUGCUGCAUGUUAUUCAGUUAUACCCUGUUCACCACAUGGUCAAUCUGCUGCAUGUUAUUCAGUUAUACCCUGUUCCCCACAUGGUCAAUCUGCUGCAUGUUAUACCCUGUUCCCCACAUGGUCAAUCUGCUGCAUGUUAUACCCUGUUCCCCACAUGGUCAAUCUGCUGGAUGUUAUACCCUGUUCCCCACAUGGUCAAUCUGCUGCAUGUUAUUCAGGUAUACCCUGUUCCCCACAUGGUCAAUCUGCUGCAUGUUAUACCCUGUUCACCACAUGGUCAAUCUGCUGCAUGUUAUACCCUGUUCACCACAUGGUCAAUCUGCUGCAUGUUAUUCAGUUAUACCCUGUUCACCACAUGGUCAAUCUGCUGCAUGUUAUUCAGGUAUACCCUGUUCACCACAUGGUCAAUUUGCUGCAUGUUAUUCAGGUAUACCCUGUUCCCACAUGGUCAAUCUGCUGCAUGUUAUACCCUGUCCACCACAUGGUCAAUCUGCUGCAUGUUAUUCAGUUAUACCCUGUUCACCACAUGGUCAAUCUGCUGCAUGUUAUACCCUGUUCACCACAUGGUCAAUCUGCUGCAUGUUAUUCAGUUAUACCCUGUUCACCACAUGGUCAAUCUGCUGCAUGUUAUACCCUGUCCACCACAUGGUCAAUCUGCUGCAUGUUAUUCAGGUAUACCCUGUUCACCACAUGGUCAAUCUGCUGGAUGUACAACAGUCACCCGGCUGCGGCCUUGUCCUGCUCUGAAGCCUUUACCCCCGAGGCUCCAUCAUGUUGCACUUGACUUCUACAGUUCCAACUAUUAA